AUGUUGGCAGACAGCAUGACCAAGGAGUCUGCCGAUGCGCUGGACUUACUGCGUGCCCGCAUCAAAGCCGGAAAAUACCAAAUCAGCCCAGAGAAGGAUGUAUUGGAAUGGAGAGCCACCGAAAGACAGAAGAGAAAGGAGAUAGCCGAGAAACGUGUCAAGUUCUCGUUGUCAGCCCUUGCCUGGGCUGACGAAGAUCAACAGCAGUGCUUGAAGCUGUUGCACAAGGCUCGCGAUUGUGGUGUCCUCCCUGCCUUGAUGAAACAUGUCAUGGAGCAUGAACGUGAAUGGGAUAUCAUCUCUGAGAAGUCAGAAUUGGGAGCAAUGAGCGAUGCUUCCAAACACCUGCGUGAAGAUGAUGUGUCGACAUCCUAUGGUGGACGUGGGUCAGAGCCAUCAGCUCCUUUGCCCUCGGCGACGUCCCCCUUGUCGACAGUGCCCAAUCUGCCACCUGGAGUUCGGUCCCUCAGUGAAUGGGGAGGCUUUAUGAUUUCCGUCGGCAAGUUCAUGAACAAGCGCUCCUACCAGUCGCUGCAUGUGUCCCGCUCAGAUGAAGAUGUGGGAUAUAAGAAGUGGCUGAUGAGCCAUUGCUGCUCCAAGGGGUCACAUCAGCUCCGUGAUUUGGUGGAAUAUUUGAUGGCCCUGAAGGAUGAAGUGGCGGUCGAAAACGGUGGUGCCCAGCAGGUGCUUAUCCCUGGAACGAACAUUCCUCGCCGCAGUGCCGCUUGA